AUGACAGGUUGGCAACUCCAAUGUUCUAACACAACUUGCUUACCAUUUGCCACUGUUACUAUGUCGAAUAUCCGCCAGUGUCAAAUUGCUUGUUUAGCUGAAGUCCAUUGUAAAGCAGUUACUUUUCAUAAAUUAUCGUCUAUUUGUGAAUUAUUUGCUGAUAUAUCAAACCAAAAUGACAAUCUAUUGGUCAAUAUGGAUACUAUUACUAUGAUUGUUACGGAUGGAACACGAAUUCCACUUGAGCCGACUACGACUUCAACAACAACAUCAUCAUCCACUAUAUCGUCAACAUCAUCAACAACAACAUCAAGCACUUCAUCAUCAACAUCAUCCACAUCAUCCACAUCAACAGCAACAAUAUCAUCAACAACAUCGUCCACAUCGUCAACAACAUCAGCAACAACAACCACAACUACUAGUUCAUCAACAACAUCAUCCACAUCAUCAUCAUCAACAUCUUCUACAUCGUCAACAUCAACAUCAACUUCAUCAUCGACAUCAACAACAACAUCGUCAUCAACAUCAUUCACAUCGUCAACAACAUCAACAUCAACAACCACAACUACUACAUCAUCAUCAACAUCGUCCACAUCGUCAACAUCAACAACAACGUCAUCAUCAACAUCAAGAACAACAUCAUCAUCAACAUCAUCUACAUCGUCCACAACAUCAACAACAACAACAAGAACUACUACUUCAUCAUCAACAUCAUCCACAUCGUCAACAACAUCAACUACAUCAGCAACAACAACAACACCCGGUCAGUAA